CAAAGGCGCUAUGUUCUCAUUAACCAUUCUCAAUCGGAGGCGUUGGAAGUCUAUCAUGGCCGAGCGAUAAACAACUCCGGACACGGUAAUCGAUUGCCAUUUCACGGCGCAUUUCUUUUUCAUGAAAUGCGGGUGCGUGGUCGCUGGCCACUACGCGGGGAUCGAGCUAUCCCUCUCCCUAUCUCUUGGGUUCAUUGGAUCAAUGACCAUGGCGAUCGUGGUGUUAGUGGCGGUGGUCACGAUGGUCGCGGUGGUCGUGGUCGUCGCGGUCCAAGCAAUAAUGAAGCCGGCGGCGGACGACUUCUUCGUUCGCAUGGUCCUGUUCCUGGUUCCAGUGCAUUUGGAAAGGUGUUCAUUCCAACGAACCCGUUCGCAAAUCCUUCGGAACUCCAAGCAUUGAAAGAGUCCUUUGCGAAACAACCCAAUUGGAGAGCAGCGGUUAUGGAGGGUACAACUUGGGAAGGCAGUGCUGAUGAGAAUGCUGCCAAAUGGCGCAAACUCAACCGUAUUGAUGCCUAA